AUGGCGGAGGCCGCUGCGCGCCGCCCGCUGCCCUCUGCCCGCGGUGAGGCACUCGCGUGGUACAAAGGAGCCCAGAACGCCUCUCUUCGGAGCUAAGGUGCUCGGGGACAUGUCGCGAGGCCGGAGAGGCUAGGGGGCAAAUAUUCUUAGGACGUAGCACUUGUGUGAACCUGAAAACUGGUCCCCAGGUGUCCGGUCCUUUUGAGCCCAGCCGUUGUCCCGCGUAGGACCCCUUCCUUUACGCUCUGCGGGAACCGAUGUGGGGAAAGUGGUGAGGAAGGACGUGAGGACUCCUCCUCUCCUCUCAGGAAUAUCCCGGAGCUUCUGGACAGGCAGUUACUCUGGCGACCGAGGAGCCGGUCCGCGAGCCCAGGCUGGCCAUGAAGGGCGACCCUUUGGCUCCCGCAGCCCCCCUCAAGGGCCUCGGGGGACCCCUGCGGAGCAGCGAGCCGGCACGCAUCGGCCCGGCCCGAUCUCGGGCCGUGGAUCUGCUGGAGGAGGCGGCCGACUUGCUGGUGGUGCACCUGGACUUCCGCGCGGCGCUGGACACCUGCGAGCGUGCGUGGGAGAGCCUGGCCAGCGAUGGCCUGCGGGAGGAGGAGGAGGCUCCUGGCACCUGUGUGGAGGUGCAAUGCUCCCUGUGUGUGGUGGGGAUCCAGGCCCUGGCGGAAAUGGACCGAUGGCAGGAAGUCCUCUCCUGGGUCCUUCGGUAUUAUAAGGUCCCUGAAAAACUGCCUCCCAAGGUCCUGGAGCUGUGCAUUCUUUUAUACAGCAAAAUGGAAGCAUCUGGAAUCAUGCUGGAUGCGGUCACUGCCUGGCUCCAAGACCCAGCUAAUCAGGGCCUUGCAGAGUAUGGGGCUUUGGCAGCCCUGCACCUGCAGCGAGUGCUGCUGCCCCUGGGCCACCUGUCCCAGGCGGAGGAGCUGCUGGCAGGCUCUGCAGCGUUGGACGAGGAGCAGCGGCGGGGUGUACUGCACGCCAUUCAUUCAGCAAAGCAGCGGCAGACGCAGGAACGCUCAGGCCUUCCACCCACGCAGAAGCAGGAAGCUUCCCCGUCUUCCCUGCCCUUCCUCUACAAGCUGGUGCAGUUCUUCGAGUGGAUCCGCAAGGCCAGGUUUCCUCGCCUCUACCAGCUGCCCAUCCGUGACUGAAGGGCCUUCGCUGUCCACCUCCACCCACAGCCACGGCGGUCUAGCAGUCCUGGGAGGCCUGGUUCCUGCUGCAGCUGGGCCCUACCUAAUUCUGGAGAAAGCUGACGUAGUCAGGUGGUUGUGUCGUACUGUUUGAGCGCCCUGCCCUUGGCACUGCACUCUGACCGACCUUGGCCAUGACCAGUGCCAACAGCGGGCUGUACACAGCUCCUCAGGAACAGUGGCCCCUGUUGGCUAAAGGAGGGGUUUGGGAACAGGGAGCGUGUCCCUGAGACAGUCCAGCUUGUUGGCAGAGCGUGGAGGCUUAUUCGGAGAGUUAACGGCCUGAACAUCCAGAAAGAUCCUGACAGGAUGGCCUUGGCUUUUUCCUUUCUGGAAAAAACUUGCUUUUGAAAUGGUCCCUCCAGGAAGUACCUCGCGACGCUGGAGACCUGAGCGAGCCUCUUCCCUAACUCUCGCCAUCGUCUGGCAUCACUGCGUGUCAGUGUGCUGGCUGCGGUCGUGCAGGGGGUUAGGAGCUGCUGGGGGCGGGGGGGAGCUCUCACUGCUCACACUGGGGGCGUGUCUGGCAGCACCGCCUGGCUGACUGCUGAGAGCAAGAUGAGACUGCCCGGCCCUGUCACCACGGAAGCGAUCUUGCUCAGCGCCUCUUGUUCUUCGUCUCGGUUUUCCAGCGUGGCGGGGAGCCCGAGUCCUGCUCCGCGACGUGCGGUGCCUCUGCAUACUGCUGCCUGCCAGCCUGCGCCCUCCUCCCACCCUGCGGCUUCUGUCUCAUGGCCGUUUCACCGGGGUCUGCCUCUAUGUUUGCCCCCUUGGGUCCCACUGUUGGCAGCUUCUCUCCUUUCCGUGUCCUGUUCUACUAGCUAUGUCCUGGUGUUUGUAGAAUGCCCAACUUUUUUUUUUGUUCGUGUGGCCUUAAAAAGCAGGCCAACCCCAGAGACUGAUGAGCUGAAAAUGGAACUGGGUAACCAGGUGAUCUGGAAGGGGUGGAGGUUGGGCAGAAAGGACACAUGGAGUUUGAAGGCAGCGAGCCACAGAAGCCUUCGGGAGGACGUGUAGGAACCUUAGCGUGCUU